AUGUCUGAAUCCGAAGUUGCGAGUAAUGGUAGAUCUAACUCUAAGAGAAGCUUAACAGCAUCAUAUUCCAUCCCCAAAGAAGUACAAGAUGAGCUUGAGCUUGGCGCUGAGGAUGAAGAUCCUCUGAAAGAAAGGGCUGCUGCGAAAAGCACUUAUGCACGAGAAUCAGAAUAUCAGCGGCAGAGAUUUGGACUGGAGCUCGAGAGCGGAGAAGCCUCCAAAAGGCCUUUUGGAACCGUUGAAGCAGAAGUGGACAAUGACAAGGCCUCCAAAAAGGCCAAAGUGUCCAGAUGGGACGUAGUCACAAUCAAACCCGAUGAAAGUGGAAGUUCUAAAAACCAAGGAAUGAAACUUGUUUCUAAAAAAUCCAGGUGGGACGUAGAAGCAGGAUACCAGAUGCCCGAAUCGUCAAAGGCUGUGUCAGACGAGCUAUCUCGAGAGUUGGUGACAGAGGUGCCGGGCGUCGGAGACCUGCAGUUCUUCAAGCCUUCUGAUAAAACUCAUUUUGGAGAGCUGCUUGUACAGAAACCUGAUCUGACUGAAGAGGAAGAUAAAGACCGUCAGUUUCUGCGAAUUUUACUCAGGAUAAAAAAUGCGAGACCACAGGUUCGGAAAAGUGCAAUGCGGAUUUUGAAAGAUCGCGCUGCUCAAUUUGGCGCCCCGCGCAUAUUCAACAGGGUUCUGCCAAUUCUUAUGGAUAGAUCCUUAGAAGACCAGGAGCGUCAUUUAAUGAUCAAGGUGGUCGAUCGCAUAAUGUCUCAACUAGGAGAUCUCGUCAGACCAUACACGCAUCGAAUUCUAACUGUAAUAGCACCCACUCUCAUUGACGAAGAUCCGGUAACACGAGAAAUAGGUAGAGAAAUAGUUUCCCGCUUGGCUCAAGCCGUGGGACUAUUUGAGAUCAUAACCAACGUUCGUUCUGACAUCGACCAUCAAGAUGAAUAUGUGAGAAAUAUAACUUCAAGGGUUCUGGCAUUGGUUGCAAAGUCAUUGGGUGUGUCCAGCCUAAUUCCAUUUCUACGAGCAGUUUGUCGCUCCAAGAAGUCCUGGCGCGCUCGUCACACGGGAAUGAAGACAAUACAGCAAAUAGGCAUCACCAUGGGCAUAGGCGUCUUGCCUUAUCUCCAGUCGCUUGUGGAAUGCAUAUCGGAAAACUUGAGCGUCGAACAAUUGCAAGUUCGCAUUGCUACAGCUCAAUGCAUCGCUUCUCUAGCUCAGAGUGUACAUCCUUAUGGCAUCGACACUUUCAACAUUGUUUUGGAACCUUUGUGGAGAGGCAUCAAAACCCAUCGAGGCAAGUCUUUGGCGUCUUUUCUUCGGGCCUUGGCCUUUUUAAUCUCUUUAAUGGACGAAGAGUACGCUGGGUACUACACACAAGAAGUUAUGCGGAUAGUACGAAGAGAAUUUCAAUCUCCAGAUGAUGAAAUGAAAAAAGCAGUCUUGCUAGUCUUGCAGAAAUGCUGCGCAGCAGGUGGUUUAACUUUCAAGCAGGUAAAGGAAGAGAUAAUGCCAGAUUUUUUUCGUUACUUCUGGAGUCGACGCAUAGCUUUAGAUCGUCAAAUCAGCAAACUCGUAAUCUAUACCACCAUUGUUCUUUCAGAGAAGAGCGGUGCUGCGUAUUCUGUAAGCAAAUUGCUGGAUCCGUUGCGAGACGAGUCAGAGCCGCUCAGAAUCAUGGCAGUCAGAGCCAUUAGCCGAAUCUUUAAGCAGUAUGGCUCACAUGAUAUUGAUCAGCGAUUGGAGACCAGGAUUAUUGAUGGAAUGUUAAUCGCGUUUCAAGAGCAAUCGAAUGAAGAUCGCGCUAUUUUGCAGGGAUUCGGUACCGUCAUAGAGUCUUUGGAUGCUAGAAUGCAACCGUAUUUGCCGCCCAUAGUGAGCACUGUCCUUGAGCGCUUAAAGCACAAAUCUCCAGUGAUCAGGCAGCAUGCAGCGGACUUGUGUGCCAUGAUGGUACAAGCAAUUUAUCACUGCGGAGAACUUAGCAUGCUCAAUAAGCUAAACAUUAUUUUGUAUGAAUCGUUGGGUGAGGUCUAUCCUGAGGUUUUAGGCGCAAUAAUCGGAGCGAUGGGCCGAAUUGUUAGUUGCGUCGACUUUGAGAAGCUGCAACCACCACCAAAUCAAAUUCUUCCCAACUUGACUCCAAUUCUUCGAAACCGCCACAGGAGAGUACAACAAAACAGCAUAAUUCUUGUAGGGAAAAUUGCAGAAAAGGGACCGGAAAGCAUUCCUCCAAAGGAAUGGAUGCGCAUCUGUUUCGAGCUUUUGGAAAUGCUGAAAAGUCCUACCAAGUCAAUCAGGCGGGCUGCGAAUGCUUCAUUCGGUGCAAUUUCUAAAACUAUAGGGCCUCAGGAUGUUCUUGUUGCUCUGCUCAACAAUCUGAAGGUUCAAGAGCGGCAGCUUCGUGUCUGUACUGCCGUGGCGAUCGGUAUUGUCGCGGAGACUUGUGGACCAAUUACAGUCAUUCCUGCCAUCAUGAACGAGUACAAAACGCCUGACACGAAUGUACAAAAUGGUGUUCUCAAGGCUUUGACGUUCAUGUUCGAAUACAUUGGAGACAUGUCAAAAGAUUUCAUAUAUGCUACUGUUCCUUUGUUGCAAGACGCUUUGACAGAUCGAGAUCUUGUCCAUCGCCAAACCGCAGCUACUGUGACAAGGCAUCUCGCUCUUAAUUGUAUGGGAAAAGGUUAUGAAGAUGCAUUUUUGCAUUUAUGGAACUUACUUAUACCAAACGUUUUCGAAACAUCACCUCAUGUCAUAUCUCGUAUUGUCGAAGGUAUUGAAGCGUUGAGGUUCGCGUUGGGUCCUGGUAUUGCUCUCAAUUACGUGUGGGCAGGACUAUUCCAUCCUGCUAAAAACGUGCGCAAGUCAUUCUGGAACCUGUACAAUAACACCUAUGUCCAGUGUCCAGACGCGAUGAUCGCUUACUACCCAUCCUUUGAUGAAGAAUCUGGUCAGAAAGUAGAAGAAUUGGGCAUUGUUUUGUGA